AUGACAAUUGAACAAUCUGCAAUCCUACAAACAUCAAUCAAACAAUUACCAGUUGCAGUCUCUGGUAAAGGUGUCUACAUAACAGUUAAAGACCCUAAAACGGGUCAAUUAAAAGAAUUGUUAGAUGGUUCAUCAGGUGCUGCUGUUUCAAGUGUGGGCCAUGGUGAUGAAGAGAUUAAACAAAAGAUGAUUGAAGCGGUUCAAGAUCAAAUUUAUACUUUCCCAAUUUUGACUUCAAAUGAACAAAGUGAGAAAUUGGCAAGAUUCUUGAUUGCAAAUUCCAAAGAGGGUGCUUUUGAGACUGCAACAUUUACCGGUUCAGGGUCUGAAUCAAAUGAAAAUAUGUUAAAACUUGUUAGAAAGUAUCAUAUUGAAAAUGGUGAUUUCAAAAGAAUAAAAUUCAUUUCAAGAAAUCAAUCUUAUCAUGGUUUUACAAUUGGUGCUUUAUCUAUCGCUGAUAAUUUCAGAAAGAGAGAAUUUCAAGACAUUUUAAUGCCUGAAUCAAUCACCCCAAAAGCUUUACAAUGCUAUCCAUAUAGAUUUAAAAACAAAUCAGAAUCUUUGGAGCAAUAUAAAGAUCGUUUAUUACAAAAUUUGGAAGACGUUUUCCAAAAAGAGGGACCAGAUACCAUUGGUGCAUUCAUUGCUGAAACUGUUGUCGGGUCUACAUUUGGUUGCAAUCCACCAAUUCCAGGUUAUUUGGAUGGUUGUAAAGCAAUUUGUGAGAAAUACGGUGCUCUUUUUGUAUUGGAUGAAGUUAUGUGUGGUAUGGGUCGUGUUGGAUCUUUUAAUGCUUGGGAACAAUUUAUGACCACUGGUGGUCCAGAUAUUCAAACAAUUGGUAAAACUUUAGGUGCUGGAUACGUUACAAUUGCAGGUAUUUUGGUUUCUCCAAAAGUUAUGAAGGUUUUUAGGGAAAAUAAUGCGCAAAUAGCUGGAGCUCAAACUUAUCAUUCACAUUCCUUCAAUUGUCAAGUCUCCUUAGCUGUUAUGGAAAAAGUCGUUAGAGAUGGCUUGAUUGAUAAUAUCAAAGAACAAGGAAAUUACUUAGGCGCUCAGCUAGCUGAAGUUUUGAAAGAUUCCAAAUAUGUUGGUGAUGUUCGUGGUAAAGGUGGGUUCUGGGCUAUCGAAUUUGUUAAAGAUAAAGAAACAAAAGAGCCAUUCCCAGCAGAUGUCAAAUUUAGUUACAAAUUUGCUGAAAAGUUGUAUGACAAUGGUGUCUUCUGUCUAAAUGGAAAUGGUACUGUUGACGGUAUUCUAGGUGAUCAUGCUUUGUUCUCUCCAGCUUACUCUAUUACUAAAGAAGAAGUUGACUUGAUUGUUUCAGCUGUUCAAAAAACUGUUGAUGAACUUGAGAAAAUUUACUAA